AUGGCGGACGCAGAAAAGAGAGGGCGACAGCAUAGCGACAGCAAUAGCUUUGCAGCAGCAGACGAACGACCACCUCCACCUGGAAACAAUGAUGGGGGGAUGACGAGUCCACCGGUUGAGGAAACAAGACCUCAGGGUUUAGACAAUAUCAUGACAGAUUCUCAAGAACAGGGGGCAUACGAUAUCCAGAGCCCAACAGGUCAACGGUUUCCGAGUAGUCCGCCGAGGGAUGGUCAACUUUUCCGUAAUGACCCAGCAACGACUACAGAAGGGAUCUCGAAGCAAAACACGACUUUGGAACCGCCCGUCACAAAGGGAACACUAAGUGAACUUGAUGUGAAUAAGAUUGUCCACAACCCAAAACUACGACACGAUAUCAAUUUCGAUCCAGAUCUCCAUUUCCGACCGAAUCUCGACGGAGAGAAAGGAAGGAGGAAGACUCAGAAGGCAAACCACUUUUGGGAGACUAUGCGAUCACAACUUCGGGAAUACAUCUCAAAUAGAGAACAAUUUGAGGCCCUCGAAGAGAAAGAGUGGUGUUUACCGGCCACGUUAAAAGCCAUUCGAGGCAUCCUCGAAACUCUUGUACCACAACGUGACCGCGUCUCAGUUGAAGAAACAUUCAACGUGGAUUUGCUUAUGCAGCAGUUCCGGAAAGGGGUAGCGGAUCUCGUCAAGUUAGCUGUGUGGCUUUCCCAACUUCUCAAAUGCCAUUGCGCUCCUAUGAGAGAUGACUGGGUGGACGAAAUGGUGACACAGCUCAGCAAUGGAGACCGAAAGGGCGAUGUGACUCUUCUAGUGGCUGGUAUGCAGAACUUGCUUGGUGUUUUGGAGGCUAUGAAACUCGAUGUUGCGAAUCAUCAAAUCCGAUGCCUACGGCCAAUACUCAUUGAAGACACUGUUCCAUUUGAACAGAAGUUCUUUAUGAAAAAGAUUGCCCUAGGACGAGUCGACAUCGCCGGAGCGCACGCAUGGUACAGGAGAGCAAGCAGCUUACCUGAUCUGGUCCCCUUAGAUGCCGCCAUGCAGUCGCAAGGAAACACGUGGGAUUUUAUGAAAGCUCUCGUAAAUCUGGCUUUACCAUUAAGAGACGAAGUCGUACCGCACACUUUUCUCUUCGAUGAGGAGCGUUUAAUCAAGCUACGGUUAGACCUGCUAGACUUGAUCAAUCUCGAAAUAUGUAUGCAGCUUUACCGCAACCUCGAGGUAGAAAACCGACAGGACACGCGGUAUGUACGGGAUGAGACGCCAACGACUUCGUUCACGCCGUCUCCUUUUGUUCGCCCAACAUCGCCUGCCGAUAACACCACACUCUCAUCUCCAACAAUCCCUAUGCCUCAUCACUUUGCUUCCAAACCAAAGUGUCCUAUUAUUGAGCGCGGCCAUUUUAUCCGUACUGUAACGGGCCGUCAGAUCUGGGUACCCAGCAUCGAGGACGACCAAAGCACUUCGACAGCCUCCAGUCCCCGCUCAUCUCCAUCAUCCACAGCCUCAACCCCACAAACCUACCCCCCAACCCCUCUCUACCUCUCCCUCCCUACCUUGUCGUCCGCCACCCAAGCCCGAACUUCCUUUCUCGCAAUCCUUGCAACACCCACGUCCGCCGACAAAUGGAACACGCUCUCCCCCUCCCUCGCUCUCGAAAUCCUGCGUCUCACAAAAACACCUCUAACCCGCCUCCCGUACUUUGAGUCCCAUCUUGCCUUCCACAUCUGCAACGCCUCUUCUCGGAUUUACCAAGAAGCGGAGGCCCGCGUUCUAACGCAACUUUUCCCUAUCUUGCAGCAGCUGGUAGGGACGUAUACGCCUUUCACGAGUUUGGCACUCUUUGAUGCUGCUACUGGCAGUCCGAAGGUCCCUGUGGGUGGAAAUGGGAGUGGGGGCUCGAAGGAUGAUAUUAAGGACGUUGCUACCCGCAUUGCUCAUAUUGGAAUCUUGCAUUGGAGGGUUUGGGCACCGCUUGCAUAUCUGGUCAAUCCUGAUGCGGGAGCGGAGGAGAGCGAGCUUGUUACAGAGAGGGCGAGGAGUUUGCCCUGA